AUGGCAUCCAUCCGGCCAAUGACGCCGAUGGACCUCCUCCACUUCAACGAAUGCAACCUUGACCCGCUCACCGAGACGUACAACGUCAGCUUCUACCUCGACUACCUGACCAAAUGGCCGCACCUGUGUAAGGUCAUUGAGGGACCGCAUGGCAAGAUUGAAGGAUACAGUACAGUUCCUCCCCCCGUCCUGACCUCCUAA